CGCCUGCGCACUGGCAGCUGGCCGGGCGCUCGCAGGGGGAGCUGCUGCAGGCUCCGCGGCGGCGGCGGCGGCGGCGGCGGCGGCAACGGAGGGUGCGGGGGCGGCGGCGCGAGCGGCCGGGCUUGGUAGGGGAGCCGAGCCCGGCCCGGGAACCCGAGCAGCGAGAGUGCGGGGUACCUAGGCCCCUCACGCUGGACUUCACAGUCUCCGGGCCGCCUGACCUCCGCACGGGUAUAUGGGAUGGAAGCGGGACCCUCGGGAGCAGCUGCGGGCGCUUACCUGCCCCCCCUGCAGCAGGUGUUCCAGGCACCUCGCCGGCCUGGCAUUGGCACUGUGGGGAAACCAAUCAAGCUCCUGGCCAAUUACUUUGAGGUGGACAUCCCUAAGAUCGACGUGUACCACUACGAGGUGGACAUCAAGCCGGAUAAGUGUCCCCGUAGAGUCAACCGGGAAGUGGUGGAAUACAUGGUCCAGCAUUUCAAGCCUCAGAUCUUUGGUGAUCGCAAGCCUGUGUAUGAUGGAAAGAAGAACAUUUACACUGUCACAGCACUGCCCAUUGGCAACGAACGGGUCGACUUUGAGGUGACAAUCCCUGGGGAAGGGAAGGAUCGAAUCUUUAAGGUCUCCAUCAAGUGGCUAGCCAUUGUGAGCUGGCGAAUGCUGCAUGAGGCCCUGGUCAGCGGCCAGAUCCCUGUUCCCUUGGAGUCUGUGCAAGCCCUGGAUGUGGCCAUGAGGCACCUGGCAUCCAUGAGGUACACCCCUGUGGGCCGCUCCUUCUUCUCACCGCCUGAGGGCUACUACCACCCGCUGGGGGGUGGGCGCGAGGUCUGGUUCGGCUUUCACCAGUCUGUGCGCCCUGCCAUGUGGAAGAUGAUGCUCAACAUUGAUGUCUCAGCCACUGCCUUCUAUAAGGCACAGCCAGUGAUUGAGUUCAUGUGUGAGGUGCUGGACAUCAGGAACAUAGAUGAGCAGCCCAAGCCCCUCACGGACUCUCAGCGCGUUCGCUUCACCAAGGAGAUCAAGGGCCUGAAGGUGGAAGUCACCCACUGUGGACAGAUGAAGAGGAAAUACCGCGUGUGUAAUGUUACCCGUCGCCCUGCUAGCCAUCAGACAUUCCCCUUACAGCUGGAGAGUGGACAGACUGUGGAGUGCACAGUGGCACAAUAUUUCAAGCAGAAAUAUAACCUUCAGCUCAAGUAUCCCCAUCUGCCCUGCCUACAAGUUGGCCAGGAACAAAAGCAUACCUACCUUCCCCUAGAGGUCUGUAACAUUGUGGCUGGGCAACGCUGUAUUAAAAAGCUGACUGACAACCAGACUUCGACCAUGAUAAAGGCCACAGCUAGAUCCGCUCCAGACAGACAGGAGGAGAUCAGUCGCCUGAUGAAGAAUGCCAGCUACAACUUAGAUCCCUACAUCCAGGAAUUUGGGAUCAAAGUGAAGGAUGACAUGACGGAGGUGACAGGGCGAGUGCUGCCGGCGCCCAUCUUGCAGUACGGCGGCCGGGUGAGCAGGAACCGGGCCAUUGCCACACCCAAUCAGGGUGUCUGGGACAUGCGGGGGAAACAGUUCUACAAUGGGAUUGAGAUCAAAGUCUGGGCCAUCGCCUGCUUCGCACCCCAAAAACAGUGUCGAGAAGAGGUGCUCAAGAACUUCACAGACCAGCUGCGGAAGAUUUCCAAGGAUGCGGGGAUGCCUAUCCAGGGUCAGCCUUGUUUCUGCAAAUAUGCCCAGGGGGCAGACAGCGUGGAGCCUAUGUUCCGGCAUCUCAAGAACACCUACUCAGGGCUGCAGCUCAUUAUUGUCAUCCUGCCAGGGAAGACGCCAGUGUAUGCUGAGGUGAAACGUGUUGGAGAUACGCUCUUGGGAAUGGCUACGCAGUGUGUGCAGGUGAAGAAUGUGGUCAAGACCUCACCUCAGACUCUGUCCAACCUCUGCCUCAAGAUCAAUGUCAAACUUGGUGGCAUUAACAACAUCCUAGUCCCACACCAGCGCUCUGCCGUUUUUCAACAGCCAGUGAUAUUCCUGGGAGCAGAUGUUACACACCCCCCAGCAGGGGAUGGGAAAAAACCUUCUAUCACAGCAGUGGUAGGCAGUAUGGAUGCCCACCCCAGCCGAUACUGUGCUACUGUGCGGGUACAGCGACCACGCCAAGAGAUCAUCGAAGACUUGUCCUACAUGGUGCGUGAGCUCCUCAUCCAGUUCUACAAGUCCACCCGCUUCAAGCCUACCCGCAUCAUCUUCUACCGAGAUGGGGUCCCUGAAGGCCAGCUACCCCAGAUACUCCACUAUGAGCUACUGGCCAUUCGUGAUGCCUGCAUCAAACUGGAAAAGGACUACCAGCCUGGAAUCACUUAUAUUGUGGUGCAGAAACGCCAUCACACCCGCCUUUUCUGUGCUGACAAGAAUGAGCGAAUUGGGAAGAGUGGUAACAUCCCAGCUGGGACCACAGUGGACACCAACAUCACCCACCCAUUUGAGUUUGACUUCUAUCUGUGCAGCCAUGCAGGCAUCCAGGGCACCAGCCGACCAUCCCAUUACUAUGUUCUUUGGGAUGACAACCGUUUCACAGCGGAUGAGCUCCAGAUCCUGACGUACCAGCUGUGCCACACUUACGUACGAUGCACACGCUCUGUCUCUAUCCCAGCACCUGCCUACUAUGCCCGCCUGGUGGCUUUCCGGGCACGAUACCACCUGGUGGACAAGGAGCAUGACAGUGGAGAGGGGAGCCACAUAUCGGGGCAAAGCAAUGGGCGGGACCCCCAGGCCCUGGCCAAAGCCGUGCAGGUUCAUCAGGAUACUCUGCGCACCAUGUACUUCGCUUGAAGGCAGAACGCUGUUACCUCACUGGAUAGAAGAAAGCUUUCCAAGCCCCAGGAGCUGUGCCACCCAAAUCCAGAGGAAGCAAGGAGGAGGGAGGUGGGGUAGGGAGGAGUGUAGGACGCCUUGUUUCCUUCUGUAGAGGUGGUGUAAGAGUGGGGAACAGGGCCAGCAAGACAGACCACCAGCCAGAAAUCUCUGAUAUCAACCUCAUGUCCCCCACCCCUCACCCCAUCUUGUCACAUCUGGCCCUGACCCCAAUGGACCAAAAGGGGCAGCACUGGUGCCCACCAUACACACAGGUGUCUCAUGUGACUCACAGUGCUAAAGACUCAUGCUUGACAGCUUGGUAAGGUCAACUCUGUAGCCCUGCAGACAAAAGCUGGUUAGGUUUGGGUUUGAUACUUUAGAUGGGAAAGUGAGGGGCUUGAGAAAGUGGGUGGGAGGAGGGAAGGAUUUUUUAGGAGCCUUAAUCAGAAAAGGACUAGAUUUGUUUAAGAAGAAAAAUGAAACCAGACCCAGAUCAAUAUUUUAGGAUACUAGAUGUUUUAAUGGGUUCAGAAUCCAGUUUGUAGGAAGAUUUUUUAAUGGUUUUGGUUGCUCCUCCCCCAGCUGCCACCCCCCGUUCCCCUUGUCCCUCUCUGUCCACAUUUUCUGCCCCACCUUACUUCUCCUCCCUGACAGACAUCCAGCCCCUAGUAAUACUUAAGGCACUAUGGCACUUAGCUUUGAAGUGACACGACCCUGUCUUCCUUCCGCCCGCUGGUGGGUAACCAGUGCCUUCCCUGUAACGGUAAUGCUGCAGAACUGCAACCUUUUGUACCUUUCUUUGGGGAAUGGGGUGGGGGUGGGAGAGGAGGUAGAUGGGGAAGAAAUACCCCAGACCCAACAAACCUCCAGCCAGAAAGCCAGCUAUUUUGCAUUUGAAGGAAUCAACUUCCUCAUUCAUUGAGCUUUUUAAAAGAUCACAACCUCAAGAUGGUUAAAAUCCAUUGACAUUUGCACUUUCAAACAUGACAAGUCUUGGAGCUGCUGAGAUGACUGGCCCCUGGCCUUUCCACUUAUGCCUCCUUUUCUCCUUGUUCCUCCUACCUCCCACCCCACCCAGGUCUGGAGUUACUUUCAUAGCAUUUUUCACUCUUGGCUUCUUUUCUCCCUUGAUGGUCAAGUCUCUUGUGUUUCAAUAUUUCUUAACUGGGGUGUCUUAUAACAAAAAACUCUUAGGUCUAAAAUGAGAAAAAAGAGAGAAAACAAAAUGUUAUUUUUAUACCAUAACUUGAGUGUAUUGCCAAAAUUUGGAAAUCCUUCCCAUGCCUGAUGAGUUUAUAUCCCGGAAACAUUGAGCCAUCAGAAUGAACUGUGUACCUGAUUUGUUCUCUGACCUGGCUAGGUAGGGAGGGGGUGGUUAUCACCCCAAGAUGGGGUCCGGGCUCCAUCCUUCCUCUGUGCAGAUAAUACCUUUCUCUUGCUGUAGCCUCCCUCCUCUGCACUGUCCUGCACUCUUUCUUGCAAGUGCAUCUUUUUCCUUCCUCUGGACUGUCCUCUGACCCUUUGGCUCAUCCUAGAUUCCAGUGUGUCCUGUGGACAGGCUGGGGAAUUUUGCUGCUUCCUAUUGCUUCUGUUUACACAAAUGAAUUUUUCCUGGUUUCCCACUAGGGCAUGUGAGUGGGUGGCAUGAGCUUUUUUUUUUCUUUUUGUCUUGAGACAUGGGGUUUGGCUGUCUUGCAGGACUGGAGUAGGUGGUGGUUCUAGCUUGGUCUCUGCUGGCCUUGAAGCAAGCAUCCCCCCCUGCCCCUUUUCCUUGACUGUUCAUUUUUUUCCUGCCCCACCGCUUGGGAUGGGGAGUUGCAACUUCAGUGUGGAAUUUCCUCUUUUUGAGGAGCCUGGGUUUGGAUCUAUCUGAUCUGGUGAUGAAGCCAUGAUUACUUUAGACCUAGCCCAGGCUUGGAGGCCAGCUGGAGGAAGGAGGGUCUAAAUCCUGGCCUAUAGAGUUAGAACUACUGUUUCCUCAGCUGCCCUUGUAUGACCGGGAUUUGCUAUGCAAAACAAUCUGUCCCAGGUUCUGUUCCGGUUGGCUACAUUGUUCAGCAACUCACAAAACGUAGCACAAACAUUCAUUAUGGAGAAAGCAUCAGGACUGUUGAGUAACUCCUCCUUUUUACUUUUUUCCUGCUGGCUACAGCAUGGGGUGCCCUAUAGGCACAAGCCCAGCUGAAGAACAGAAUGGAGGGCUCUGGGAGGAGGCAGCUCACUGGAGAGCCUACAUUCCUUACACAAGUGCCUAAAGAGAGUGAUGCUAACACUCCAUCUGCCCUGUCCAUUGCCUUCAUAUACAGUCUACUUCGUGUUCUGUCACCCUUUGGGGAGGGGAGCUCUUCUGGGACAGUGGGCUCUGCAUGUUCUCUACUUGGGUACAUUUUGGGGCUAGGAUCAGGGCACUAUUCCUGGAGGGUCCAGUCAUUCACCAGCAUUUGCAAAUGUCCAUAGGGAGCAGGUAGCAGCCUCUACUCCCAGCAACAAGUUUGUGUUCUCUCCUUUUCUCUCUUUGCCUCACUCUCUCCAGUUGGUUAUCAGCUAGGGCUUGAAAUGCAUUUUUAGCCUUUUGGCAUGGCAUAUGCCAUUCAAGAAAUAAAAAAGCAAGAGAAUCAGCUUUGGGCAAUGACAAGAAAUGACUUCUUACUCUGAUUUUUUUGUAAAAAAAUAAUUUUUGAGACUUGAAAAAUAACCCUGACCUUGAGGAUUAUUCUUGUUUGAAAGGUGGUGGAUGCAGAUGGAGAAGUGGUGUUGGCAGCAAGCUUUGGCUCAUGUGGAUUUGGUUUAAGUGGUGCUUCUUACCCAAGCUUCAAGGAAGUGCUUGGGGGACCCCCAGCCUCAUCCUCUUAGAUGGGUCUCUUUCUCCCUUUGUACCACUGUUUUGCCUUCCUUUUCCUCUUCUCUUUUUCCCUGGCUUCCUUUCCCUUUUCUACUAUUCACUCUGCUUGCUUGCUGGCCGGCCUGCCUGCCUGCCUGCCUGCCUGCCUAUGUGAUGAUGAAAUCUCUGCAUGGCUGCAAUGAUCCCACUGUUAACUGGCAAGGUCAGGCUUAGCUCCUUGACUGCAGACGACCAAGAACCUGUUCCCCAAGCCCAGAGAUGUUCACCUGGGCUGGACUGCCCUCAAGCUUAUACUAGAGAAGAGCAACUGACCUGCUCAACUUGUGUGAAGUCAGGAGGGUUUCUGGCAUUUUCCAUACCUGUCCACUCCUUGGAGCUGGUUUCUCUCAUUGCUUUUACUAAAUCUGGUUCUUUUUCUCUUUACCUGGGACCUGCCUUUUCUGUGAUUGUCUUAGGGUUGAGCUACUUGGGUAUCCUGGGAUUGAGUGUUAGGGGAUGGACAUAAGGGAAAGAGUGAUGAGAAGAGAAUGGAGAGAAUUUGAAUAAAAGGUGGGAAAGGAGAGAGCCCUGUUCUUUGAUUGUUUAUCCAGUCCAACCUGAUCCAUUAGGGAUUGAGGUGCUACACUGGCCUCCAGGGAUAAGCCUGGGGCUAUUGUUGCUGGGAACUUAGACUUAACAUAAAGCCGAAGAAGAAGGUACCUAGAAUUUUGAAACUUACCUAAAAAGCUCCUAAUGCCCACCUGCUAGAUAGCUUCUCUGUGGCCUCCUAUUUAGCUAAGCAGCAGUGUUUUUGGAUACUUCUCUUCUGUUUGUGAAUAAGGCCAGCACUCAAGAUGGGCAGACAAGGGCAUACUAUUAGCUGGCCCAUAGGAUAUCUGUAAGGCUGGUGGGACAAUUUUGGACCUGGAAUCCUGUGAACUAACAAGGUUGGAAGUUUCUUCCCCUUCAGGGUAGAAAAAUCAUCUCAAACUAGCCAAAAGGCAGUUUUGGAAACUACAUUGGGGGAAGUUAUUUUUAUUUAUAUAUGGGGCCUAGGCCAAUCCAGGAUGGUAGCUGGAAUACCUUCCUUCUUAAAAUCUGAUCAUGGCAGGGAUAUGCAGGGCACUUUUUACUAUUUGGCCUUCUAAGCAGAUUGGGAAGGAGGUAUUUUCUGGUUUUCUCUUUCCUCCAACUUAAUAGGACUUGCCUUCUCCCUGAGCAGGGAGAGAGGCUGGGUUGGUGCUCUCCCCUUACUCUACUCAUACUGACUUAGAACCUCUGGCUGCUGUUUGGGCAUCCAAGAAAGGGAGGGGAAGGAAUGAGCUAAAAACAAAACAGAAUGAGGUGGGAAAGGGAGAUUUCCUUCUCUACAGAGGAAAAUAGGAAACCCUCCAAGAAUUGUGCAAGUAAAGACAUUCGUCAAAUGCACUGAGUCCCUUGGUGUAGUAGCAAUAAGGAAAAAUGAAAUUACUUUCCUGUGCACACAGUCCAGCCUAAUUGGUGCGUGAUGUUGCACUUAGCAGCCAUGUGGUGGGCAUGUGUGACUACUCUGGGUUUCACUUUAGUUUCUAAACUUUUUAUCCCUCUCAAGUCCAGCAUGGAUGGGGAAAUGUCUCUGGAUCCCCACAGCUGUGUACUUGUUUGCAUUUGUUUCCCUUUGAGACUUGUGUUUGUGUCCUGCUUUGAGCUGUACCUUGUCCAGUCCAUCGUGAAACUAUCCCAGCAGCUGUAAUGUACAGUUCCUUCUGAAGCAAGCAACAGAAGCAGCAGCAGCAGCAGCAGCAGCAGCAGCACAAUUCUGUGUUUUAUAAAGACAACAGUGGCUUCUAUUUCUGAAGUGCGGUCUUUCUCUUUUUUUCCUACCAGCAAAACAAACUUUUGGGACUGAUUACAUCUCUAAUAGAUUUUAGGUGAGAAUAAUACUGUAGAUUGUUAUGCAGAAAUACUUCACAGGGCCUCCAUUUAUUCUUCAUUCAACAAACAUGCAAAGCACUGUGCCAGCAGUAUUUUGGGGAGGGCAGGCACAAUUCAAAAUGAGGAAAAUAGUGUCUGUCUCAUUAAGGGAAUUAAGUUUGGUGGGGGAUAUGACUAGCCAACCGGUCCCCUGGCAUAGGAGAAAGAUAAUGAGGGAGUAGAAUAAGACUAUAGCAACGAAUAUAGGGAGGAAGGGACAGAUUUGAGAGACAAGAGAUAGAAUUAGUAGGACUCGAUGGCUGGUGGGAGAAGACAGGAGUAGAAGUUAGCUCCCAGGUUUCUCCUUGAGCAUAGGAGUGUGUUGGGACAUUCUGCCAGUCAAGAUGGGGGUGGCAGGGGGAGACUGUAGAAGGAAGGUGGGGAGUUUUUUGAAGAAAGACAAUGUUGUAUAGACUGAGUUUUGAGGGUUUUUGGGGGCAAUAAGGGUAAGGUGUCCAGUAAACACAGGUUGGUGCUCAGGUAAGACUGUAAAACUGCAUUUAUAGAUACGGGAGUCAUAUAGAUGGUAGUUAAAGCCAUAGGCAUGAACAAGUUAGCUUAGAAAAAGAGAAGAGAAACAUAAUAUACAACCCCCUAAGAAACUCAGUUUAAAGGAUGGGGCGAGGAAGCAGAUCUUAAGGUGACAGAUCACUGGUAGAAAGCUUGUGGGUUUUUUGUUUCUUUGUUUAACCAGUUUAGUGAGGUAGGAGAAGAAAUCAGAGUAGAAGUUUCAUGAAGGGUGUGAUUAACAACAUGAACUGCUGCAGAGAAGGAGUUCUUUUUUUUCUGUGUGUUUUACCUUUCUACUCUCCAUCUGUUGGGGAUCUUAUAACUCUAUAACUUACUUAGGUUAUUCUCCAGUAUUUCUUGAAAAUGAGCAUUGGAAAAACCAAUUCUAAAAUGGCUAAGACUAGGACUUUCAAGUUCCCCACAACUACCACCAAUUAGGAGAUAAUUGUAAAAGAAUAAACAAAACCUAAUUUUGUUCCUAGCCAAUAUUAUAAACUGUGUUCCAGUGUACUAGAUAAUAGUAGAAUACUAUAUUUAUUUCCAUAACUUGUCUUCUUUAGAGCCUGUGAACUCCUAGGAGCAGAAGCUAUAUUCUCUUCAUUUUUGUCAUCUCAGGGUCAUGGCAUAUACCAACGGAUCAGUAUGUGCAAAUAGAAUUGAAAUAGGCUAGUAGUCUGUAGUUUAUGAGUAUGGGCUGGGUGGGCAGCGGAUCAAGAAGUGAUAGGAGUACACAGGAUGAACUCAGAAUUCCUGAAAUCUUCAGGUAAGCAGAUACUUAACCAGAUUAUCAUUGUCUUUUCCCACUCACCCCAAAUUGGAGGUUUUAUGGUUUUGUACUUUAAGCUGGUGGUAUAAUUGUCAAGCAUGUAAAUUCUGGCAUUCUUCCUGGUACUGCUAGAGCAUUGUUAUUUCAAUGCAUGGGGGUAAGAAGGCUCAGAGAAGGAUUCUGGCAGAGGGCCCAGUGAGAAAUCAUCAGUGGUAGCCAGUGUGUACAUACGUGGACCUAACAUUCCUCUGGAGGCCAAGUGUUGUGAAUUGGCCUGUGGCUAUCACCUGGCAGACUCCCUUGGGAAAAAGCCAGCCAGCCCCAUGCUGCUUUUCAGCAGCAAGGGUUAGGGAGGUUGGUUGAACUUGAAGAGCAGAAUAGACAUGGAGCAGAUUUUGCCCAGUUGAAGUAAGACAAAUUUAUGACCCCGAGUGAGGCAGAAAUAAAGUACUUAGCAGGGGGAAUGGGAGGAUGAUGAUUAUGGCAAAUUUUGCUAUAACCUUUAGUUUUAGAAAAGAUUGAUACUGAAAAGCCUUCAGGAUUUGCCUGUGGUUGCUACUCAAGUUAAAAAAGACUGGGAGCCUGCAUUGUUUGGUCCUGGAGCUCAAGGUUUUCAGUGAAGGCUUGUCCUGGCACCUCUGGGCAUUCCUUUUCAUUACUAGUUGAGCACCCUUCCUUCUGCUCUGUCAGUUGGCAAAAUACUCUGGAGCACAUUCUGGACUAGCAGUUGCCUUGAGGUAGUCAGGCUGGGUAUUUGGUAUCUCUUGGUGUAGCAGAUCCCAGAAUCUCAUGGCAAUUUGGAUUUGGUGGCUAAAAGAAAGAGUUAGUGCAAGGAAAAGACUAGUUGGAAGUUCUGAGUCUGGGCCAUCCUUAAGCUGCUGUCUACUGCUUGAAUGGGAAGUAAUGUUGAAUUGGAAAAUUAGCUCACCUUUUUUGUUUCUAGCUUUGCAGACAUUUAUUCCUGAUGAUAGGCUGAGAAAUGCCUAGGCAGGCUUAGAAGGCACACAGAGCAUGACAGAAGUACUCCGUCAAAGCAGCUGUGUCAAGAAGGAAGAGCUGGAAAAGUGGAUUUGCUGGGGAAUUAGGUGCAUUUAGUUUUCCACUUAGGCACAAACUGCCUUCUCCAGUAUAUCAUAGCAUGGUUUUUUAGGCCUUUGUGGCUUACCCUGCAGGAACAUACUAUCCUGUUGUUCUGGACUGUAGCACCUUCACCACCAUCCUCUUAGCAAUGGUUUUUUGUUUGGGAGUUUUUGUGUUUUUUUUGGACAAAGUAUAAUAUUGAGGGACCUUUUUAGGGAGCCUUUGAUCCUUUGUCCCCAUUUUCCAAAGGCAGGGAACUUUCCUCUUAAGAGACAGUGGGAACUUUUAGCCAGGUUUUUGGAAAAGGCCUGUGAGCUAUUAAUGAGAGUGAGCUGCAAAAGGAGGAAGGGUUUGUUUGGGUGCUUUGAAGUACUUGGCUAGGUGUUUUCUACAGUAUCUUAUACAAUUGCAUCUUAAAGUAUCUUUACAUGCAAAAUAGUUUAUCAGUUAUCUUCAAUUGCAUAUUACAAAAUUCUGAUUAAAUUUUUCUUAAAUAGGAAAACUAUCAUUUCAUAUGACAAGAAAGCCUAAUUUAAUGUUACUCCAAGGUUAGUUAAUUCAGUGGCUCAGUGAUAAGACCAAAGAAUUAGUUUCUUGAAAUCUUUUUGGUCUGCCAUCCUCCAUGUUGUUUAUCCUCACGCCAGUUCGCCUCAUGGUCCCAAUAUGGCUACUGUAAUUCCGGGAAGGAAAUGCUGACAGAACCAUGCCUGGCAAAAGAGACAAAUUUUUCCGUGUCCUUCUAAAGCAAGGAAGUCUUUUCCUGGAAGCUCCAGCAGAUCCGGCCUCAUGGCUUUGCUAGAAAUGGGUCAUCUCACUCCUGUCAUUGGCAAAGCAAGUAAGAUCAUCCAUCAUGAGUGGCUUAGAUGAAUGAAUUAUCCUUUGAGUCACGUAGACUAGAAAGUCCAGUCAUGUCUACCAGCAAGAAAGGAGAUAAGGGCUAUUGGAUAAGCAGCGUCUGGUCUCAAAGGUACUUCAGCUUUUACAGAUGAGAAACAUGAAUCUGAAUGACUUUCCUAGGCUCACAGCAAGAGAGGGCCUUCAGUGUUAGCUGUAUCUGUCCCUAAAGCCCAAGUUUUAUAUUGUAUCUUGCUACAGUGUAAAGUAACUUACUUUCUACCUUGUGGAAACUGAUGGUCUAGGAGAAGAGAUUUGAACUCCGGUGCCCAGGUGACUCUAAUCUUGGCCCAUGUGAGAAGAUUCUACUGAGUUGCUGUCCUCAUCCAGUGAUGUUUCUUGUCUCACACAAGAAGCCUAGGAGUAGAAAGUCCUAAGUGGAGUAGAAUAAUAGUGGCAGCAGGGAGGGAAGUGUGCACGGUGUGUCCCUGAGCCUGACUUACUGGGCAGGAACUUGGCGCUAAAGUGGCAGCUGGCCACCCUGUCUUUCCUGCAUGCACUGAGUAUUUGGUAGCUGAUUAUGCCUUUCCUUAGUGACCAGUGAUAUUGAUCAUCUUUUCAUGUGCUUAGUUACUAUCCCCAUAUCUUUGUUGUUCACAUCUUUUACCCAUCGUAUUUGUUGUUUUUGAGACAGUGUCUCACUCUGUCACCCAGGCUGGAGUGCAGUGGCACGAUCACGGCUCACUGCAGUUUCUGCUUCCUGGUCUCAAGCAGUCCUCCCACCUCAGCCUUCUGAGUAGCUGGGCUUACAGGCACACACUACCAUGCUCAGCUAAUUUAAAAAAAAAAAAAAAAAUUUUUUUUGUAGCAGUUCGGUCUGAUUAUUAUUGCCCAGGCUGGCCUCUCUCAGCUUCAAGCUAUCUUCCCGCCUCGGCCUUCCAAAGUGCCGGAAUUACAGGCAUAAGCCACUGGGCGCAGCCUCUUUUACCUGUUUCAAAAUUGAGUUUUAUUGAGUUGUAAGAGUUCUUUAUUCAUUUUAAACACAAGUCCGUUGUUGGUUAUAUCUUUUACAUCUAUUUUUCCCAGUCUGUGGCUUGCCUUUUCAUUUUGAAGAGCAAAAGUUUAAAAUUUUGUGAAUUUAUUAAAGCUCCAUUUGUUGCUUUUUUCUUUUCUAGUUUAUACUUUUGUGUCAUAUUUUAGGAAACUUUGCACUGGGUAUUUGAUGGCUCCUGAGGAGGUUCAACUUUCAGAGGGCACUGAUUUCUCUGCACCUGAGAUUUUGUACUAUUUCUGUAUUUCUUUCUUCUUAAAGAACAGCCAGUGUCACCAGGUAUGAGGGCAGAGUUUUAGCUUGUUUGCUGAGCCCCAUUCUUGAAGCUUAUUUAUUUAUUCAUCUAUCUAUCCAUCCAUCAAUCCAACAAAUAUACUGAAUGCUGCUGUGUGCCAGGCACUGGCACUGUUCUAGGUACUGGGGCAAUGGGAGUUAAGGUAAUACCCAAUGACCCUGCUCUGUACCCUUAAGAGCAGACUCAGUUGGGAAUGAGUUAUCCAAAAAUAGGGUGUACAUGUAGUCAGGAGAGAGCCUCAUACAGCUUUGCCUUUGGCAGAAUCCUUCAAACCUCUUUGUCUUCCUACUUCUUGAUAUUACAAAUCAUGAGCCUUUCAUAUGCGUUCACUCUAAAGAGGUGGGUUCCUGGAUAGCAGAAGUAGAUAGAAAGGCAUCACUGACAUUUAUUGAGAUGGAGUGAAUCAGAGGGUGUAAAUUCUGCUCCAUCAAUGUCGAAAAAGACUAGCCGAUCUCAAGGGUUCAUCACUGUCACCAUGUCUAUUGUCUAUUCUGGAAGAAGCUGAAGAAGUCUGCCUUUGUUUAGGGAACCAGUUCCAGAAUCAGAGGGGUUGAGGAUAUAAAAGACCCUUGCACAAGAGUUGGUAUUUACCCUGUCAGAUGCUGCUACCAAGAUUUGGAUUGUGUACAGUCGAGGAUUAAAAAUGACUUUUAAGAUGCA